UUGGUCAGGUUUGACAGUUAGUAUCAACCAAUCAGCAAUGAUAAUUUGCCCGCCAUUUUUUAGUCAUGGCGGUUAGGAGGUUUGGUGUCGUUGAUGCAUUCUUGGUAGAACCAUCAAGCGGAACAGUCAAGGAGAAGUAAAGUUUUACAACAUCUCAGAAGUGUCCAGAACCUGCCUACAUGGUGGAUAUACUUACCACGGAGUGUACAUCAUGUCAAGAACAUCUGCCUCCAGUGAGACUGCUGGGCGCCUUCCGUUGGUCCUGAGGAAAAACCGAAUAAUAAGUAUGUCAAGUGAGAGCUCGGAUGACGAUAUACCUCCGAUAAUUGUUAGAAGACGUCACCGCCCCAUCGUUAGCAAUAAUGAUGAUAAUGAUGGAUUGAACACUAGCACGCGCGAGGGUACAAAGCGCAAACAAGUCGUUGCAGAUGAGGACGCACAUUCUAAUUCAAAGCGCCGUAAAUCGGGAGGAUCUGGCAGCACCGUCAACGUUAAAGAUUUGAUUGAAGCACUUAACAGCAGAAGUAAACCGUCCAUCAGUUCUCAUCAAAUGUUGAAUGCUUUACCGGAGUUCGAUCCCGAUAAUAAGAGUCAAAAUAUCGAGAUCUGGUUGCACAAGGUAAAUGAGUACGCUCGAAUAUAUGAAUGGGACGAUGUCCAAACAUCUCACUAUGCGACACAAAAGUUGGUCGGUACAGCUAAGAAAUGGCUUUAUUCGCUACCAAGCCUGAAUUUUACGUGGCCAGACUGGCAAGUAAAACUACGUCGUGCCUUUCCAAUUGACGACAACUUUGCACUUAUGUUGGAAGAAAUGUUUGCUCGAAAAACUAAAGCCGAUGAGAGUUUGCGCACAUAUUUCUACGACAAAUUGAUGCUGUUGAAUAGAUGCGAAAUCACCGGUAAAAAGGCAGUAGAUUGUCUUAUCCACGGCAUAUCGGAUGUAUCGAUGAGAAAUAGUGCGCAGGCACUUAAAUGCGUAGAGCCGGAAGACUUAUUACAAUAUUUUGUAAUUCAACAACCCGAAAAAGCCUUCUCAUUCACACAAAAGAAACGGGGCUAUGCUGAAGGAAUGGAAAGAAGAAUAUUUCGCAAGAUACGUUGUUUUAACUGCGGUGUUGAUGGACACACAUCAAAUAGAUGUCCUCAGAAGAAAGAAAUUCCGAAUACGAAGUCAUCGACCUGCUUUAAUUGUAAAGAAGAGGGACAUCGAUUUAGUAACUGUCCCAAGACACUUAUGAAGUGUAAAGCUUGUGGCAUGAUUGGCCACAAUGAUCAAAACUGUCGGUUUCCCUCUUCUAAAAACGCAACAAAGACUGAAAAGGUGUUGAAUAUUAUUAGUUCUAAUAGCAAUGAAAAAUUUGUUAAAGAAAUUGAUGUUAAUAAUAAAUCAGUACAUGCUUACAUUGACUUUGGUAGCGACUGUUCCCUUAUGAAUUCAACCGAAGCUGAAAACUUAAAACUGGACAAAAUUUUCUCUGAUUUACCGGCAAUAAAAGGAUUUGGCAAUUUCCUUGUAACACCCAUGCAUAAAUCUAAAGUGACAGUCCAGGUUGAUGAAGUACCACUAUCUGAAGGAAGCAAACACUUAUCAGCUUUCGUCACCCCGGACGGCCACUACGAAUUUAAUCGCAUGCCGUUCGGGUUAGCUAAUGCACCUGCAGUGUUCCAGAAGAUGAUUGUCAAGCUCUCCGUCUGA